AUGUCUACCAAGAAAGACUACGCAUCACUCUCAGUUGCAGCACACAAGGAAUGGCGCGGCAAGAUCGAGACCGUCGUUCGCUGCCAAGUUGAAGACAAAGAAGAUCUCUCCGUCGCAUACUCACCAGGCGUUGCACAGCCAUGCCUCGAGAUCCAGAAGAACGUUAACCUCUCAUACAACCUCACACGCCGCUGGAACACAGUUGCUGUCAUUACGAUGGUACCGCAGUUCUCGGCUUAG